UAAGUAAUGGUCUGUUUUCCUCUCUUCUUUCCCUGCCAGAUGAGACUGACAACCCCAUUCUCUCUGAUGCGAAGUGGACCCAGAUCCUGGCCCCGCCGGCCCACCUGCUCUCUCUGAACCCGGCCCUGGCCCACGCAGACCUCAGCCCGCAGGAGAGUCCGUUGCCGUUCAAAACUCUCCCCGACUCUUUGUCGGGGGGCAACCCUAAAAGACACCCCGGUACCGAACCUCCGUCCUGGGUGGAGGAGAGGCCGGCAGACGUCCACAGCCCGCCCCUAAUCCAGCCCAACAUCGGCAAACUGGUGGGCACGGACGACCUCUCGCCGCCCCCUGUGACGGCCGCUACUGCUGUGGAGAAUGGCUGCCCGGCAAGCCCACAACUGGAUGGGCUCAGCAAGGAGACACAUUCUCCUCCAGACAAACCGCCUGGUGCUUCUGACCAGGAGGCGAGAGCGGCCUCAGUAGCAGCAGCAGCAGCAGCAGCAGCAGCAGGAGGAGGAGGAGCCUCCACUGUCAAUCACACUCACUUUACCUUUGAGGUGGCAUUAGGACACGAAGAUGAAACUCUGUCUCUGAAAAUUCAUCCAGAUGUGCAACCAACGACACCAAAUGGGGAAGAUGUCACAGAGGGGGCCAGCGCUGCUGUUUUACAGGACAAUUGUAGGGAAAAACAAACUGUACACUUAAAAGAGGAGAUGGUAGAAAGCCUCUCGAUUAGGGGGAGAGAUGUUCAGGUUGGUUGUGAGGUGGAGGUGAAUGGUUUAUCUCCGUCUGACUGGGUCGGAGUGGAGGAGAUUGAGAGGAGAUGUGGUCCAGAGGGACAGAUGGAACAACUCCUCAAGGUGUCAAGCCUUCCCAAUGGUUUGGAGCAGGAGAGCAGUAACUAUUCCACAUUUAAGGAGACAGAGGAAGAGGAGGAAGAGGGUUUUUCUCCCUCUCCCGUCCCCUCCAAAGAGGACUCUGCCACUGAGGAGAAAGAAAUGGAGGAAAGCAAGCAAGAGAGCAGCGAUGGAGGAGCAGUGGGGUCCGGUGGCAUCCAGCCAAAACUCCACAACAACCGGCUGCAGCCGGUCAGUGUUCCGUAUGGAGGGGCACGACCGAAGCAGCCGGUCAGCCUAAAGCUCCAGAUCCCACAGCCGCUGUCGGGCCAGGUCCAAAAUCAGCUCGGCCCGUCCGCCGUCAGCAGGAACAAGAACCAGGAGAACCAGUGUCGGAGAAGCACGCCCUCCGAAGCCACACCCAACGGGACUGAUCAGAGCGCAGUCGGGGUGAACGGCGACGGCGUUGUCCACUCCCCUCCCUCGAUGCCCUCGGAGAGCCCAGACAAUGAUCUCCAAGCAGGCCAACAGGGCACUCUGUGCAGGAGACCCGUCAGCUCCCUGGGGGAGGUGGCCCCUGUGUGGGUGCCUGACUCCCAGGCUGCCGUCUGUAUGAAAUGUGACGUCAAGUUCACCUUCACCAAGAGGAGGCACCACUGCAGGGCCUGCGGAAAGGUUUUCUGUGCGACGUGCUGCAGCCUGAAGUGCCGGCUCGUGUACAUGGACAGGAAGGAGGCUCGCGUCUGUGUCACCUGUCAUUCUGCUCUGACAAGUGGUGAGAAUCAUCAAGUAGAAAGUUACUUCUGUCCAACUUAUAUGUUGCAUUUUUAUGUACUGUGCGUGUGUGUGUGUAUGUGUAUAUAUGUAUGUGUGUGUGUGUGUGUG